CAAUCAGAGAGACGUUGAAGUUUAUCCGAGCAUUCACUCCAACAGACUUUUUUUUUUUUAAUGUUAAGCCAACGUUACUUAUUAUUUUACCUGCUAAACAAACUGUUCUGCAAGUGGAAAUAUUGUUAAAGUGUUGACGAAGACAUUUUGCUAUAUGAGGAAAGCGAUGAGAGCUCGGUCAAAGUCACCUCCAAUUCAUUUACACAUCAACGAAGACACACCGGUCCAUGUGCAUGUGACGAGCCAGAGGACGAGUCCUGCCAGGACGAGUCCUGCCAGGACGCCUCAGGGGAAGACCAAGGUCGACAGAGGAAACCUCCGUCCUACAGCCAAGGUCAAAACUCGAAUGCCAUGGAUACCACCAGGAAAGAACUCCACACGGGACGCUUCAUACAAGUGGGAGGGGCCAACACACUGCCUUGAGAUCACACCACCACUCCCUGAACCAGAACCUGAACAUUCCCAGUCUGUGCUGCGAGUAGAUGACCUCUCAUCAGAGGAAGAAGAAGGGCUUCACGGACGAAUCAGCCAGUAUGAGAGGAAGAUUGAAUGCUUACUGACUGAAGUCAGCUCUCUGAAGAAUGAGGUGGAACUGCGGAAGAAGGAGCAGCUGCUGGAGCGUCAGACGGAGCAGCUCAGUGUCUCCCAGCGGGUGAUCGUGGAGCAGGAGGAGGAGCUGGCUGAGGUGGCCAAAGAGCUCGAAGAGACUGAGUGGGAGAACACGCGAUUACGCAAAUCGAUGGAGAAGAUGCUGGUGGAGACUGACAACAAAAGUAUGCAACAGCACAAAGAUGCUCUGCGCAGGAAACUGGUGGAGACUGAGAUCGAUGGGACAGCAGCUGCCAAGCAAGUCACCGCCCUGCGAGAAUCUGUUUCCAAACUGUGCGGUGCUAUUGGCACUACGCUGUCUGGCUCGGAGUCUUCAGCAUUGGCCCAUCAAAAGGAGCUGUUGCUACAGAAACUGGAGACCUUUGAGGCCACAAACCAAAGUCUGCGGCACCUUCUCAGAGAGCUUCACGGGUCCAAGAUGGAGUCAAUCCGAGUGUCCGAGCAGAAAGAUGCAUUAGUCAAGAGACUGGCUGACACAGAGGCAGAAAAUGCUCAUCUUGUGGUGAAACUUCAAGAGAAGGACAGAGAGGUUGAACAACUCUCCACACUUAUAGAUACUGAAAAGGACAAUGCAAAGAGCACAGCUGGUUUGACCAAGAGUCUGGAGUCAGCAAGAGCUCAUUUACAAGGACAGCUCAGGAGCAAAGAAGCUGACAACAACCGGCUCACUGUGCAGAUAAAGAACCUGGAGCGAGCAGCCAUCCAGCAGAAGGUGGAGAUGGAGCAUCUGACGGAGCAGCUGGUGAGGCUGAGGCAGCGGGCCGGCACAGACCGAGAGGCUCUGAAACGAGCCACGCGAGCCCAGAAGCAGCGAGCUGAGCGCAGCGAGGACACUGCAGGCCAGUUGAGCGUUCAGCUACUGGACAUGGACAAGCAGGUGGUCGAUGCACUAUCAGCAGCUGAGAACUGGCAAAGUCGCCAUGCCCAAGAAGUGAAAGACAAGAGUAAACUGAAGAUUGAACUGUCACUGUUGAACAGCCGUAUAGCAGAGCUGACGGAGCAGCUGCAGAGUACGGGAGAUAAAGGCCGAGCGGAGAGAGAAACUCUGCUGGAUCACAUGCACGGACUGACCACAGAGAGCACCGCUGCCAAACUGGAAAAGCAGUCCCUCAAGGCUACCGCCUCUGCAGUGGAGGAGAAGCUGGCCUUGUCUCAGUCAGAGCUCCAGCAGGUCAAAGCUUCGAUCCAGCAAUAUGAAAGCCUGCUGGACAGCUAUAAGAUCCAGGUCGGAAAAACCCGGGCCGAAGCGGAUGAGUACCGUGCUCGGCUGGCUCAGGCAGAGCAGGAGGCCCAGGCGGUGCGCGGGGAGCUGCAGCAGGAAAUAGAGGUGGUGCGCAGGGAGCUGCUGGGACGACUGACGGAGCUGGAGCCUCUUCCUGAAGCCUUACGACGCUCCCAAUUCCAGCUGCAGGAGGCUCAGGACAAGGAGCGCAGCCAGGAGAGACGCGUCAUGGAGCUCAGCACAACCCUGACUGAUCUCCGCAUGAAGGUGGAGACCCAGGGCAGUCAAGUAGAGCUUCUAAGACAGAAGAAAACGUUGCAGCUGGAGGAGAAUAGACAGCUUCAGCAGCGAGUGGAGAGUUUGGAAAGAAAGCUGGAGGAUGCUGGCAGUCAGAACAGCGACCUGCUGGCGGUCGUUACCAAACGGGAAGACGCCAUCCACAGCAAUCAGCGCAGUCUGGAAGAAAAAACAAGGGAAUGUUCCCUACUGAGCCGAAGGCUGGAGGAGGCUCUGGGUGAUGCUCGCCAACAGAUGGCAGAGACCAGAGGACUCGCUGCCACAAAAGAACGCUCCACCCAGUCCAAGAUACUGGCCCUAGAGGCUCAACUUAGCAGGACUACCUCAGAAAUAAGCAGCCUGCGACGCGGCAAAGAGGAGGUGGAGCGGCGGUACCAGAGCCGACUGCAGGAUGUGAAGGAUCGCCUGGAGCAGUCGGACAGCACGAAUCGAAGCCUACAGAACUACGUCCAGUUCCUCAAAGCCUCCUACGCCAAUGUGUUUGGAGACCUGGCCCUCGGCAGCUCACCGCGUGCCCCCUCACCCAUCUGACAAGCCCGUCCGUCAGCGGUGUAUUAUGAGCAAUAAAGAUUAUUUAGAACUGAAUUGGUAGACAAGAAAAUAUGUCAUUGGAUUAAAUAGUUAAAAAAAGAAAUGAACUAAAAGAAUCCUAAAAAGCACAAUAACACAACACCAAAUAUUGGCAUGUGUAUGAUUUUCACCAAUUAGUUGUGAUGGCACCUUGGAGCUUUUCAGAUUGAAUGUUUUCUUCAGAAAUAUAUGAUUGGAUAUUGAAGUCAGUGUUUUACAUGCCAAAAACAAACAAUGGAAGUGGAUCCUUUUCUUUAUCAAGCCUUCACUGUAUCUUUUAUUUUCACCCUCAGCCAGUCAUGACUUGAGGUAAUAUGUCUUACCAGACUGAACAGACUACAUACUGUAUUUGUACUGCUAUAUAUUAAAACUAUUUUUGUUUCUGUUUUUUUUUUUAAACAUUUAUACAACUCUGUAGCCAAGCCACCCAUGACACAUUAUGUGCUUAAAUGUAUUUGUGCUUUUUGAUUGCAUGGAGCAGAAAACAUUGGUGCUAUUGCUGUCCUUUGGCUGGUACAAGACAGCGUGUGUCAAAACAAUUAUUUUGGGUUUACAGUUUCAGGUAUUGGAACCAAUAGUUGUUGCUCGCUCAUGGAGUGUAUUUAAUGACUGAAUAAUUUAUAUCCACCGUGAGUAACUUUAAAAGCAUCAAUUAAAAGACAAAAUGUUUUUCCACCGGAGUCAAA